UUGAGUUAACAACAACAACGAAAAUAAUCAAGAAAAAAUUCAUUAACUAUGAAGAAUAAGAUAAACAAUCAAAAUGAACCGAUUAACAGUUUUACCAACCAUUAUAAACUCACCGGAUUGAAAUUGCCAACAAUUAACCACAAUAAUAAUCUUAAAGUAUGAAAAAAAUAACGAAAAUCAAAUUGAUCAAGUUAAUUGGGAAUAAUUUUUAUUUCUGAUCCAGUUAAUUGUGAAAGUUUUUUUUUCUUCCUCUAAUUGUGAUUAAUUUCCAAAACAAUAAAAUGACAACCAUUUUAGAUGGGAUUGUUGAUGAGCAAAAACCUUCACGUCAAAAUCUUUUCGAUUGCCUUCGAACUAAUCUUCAUCUAAAGUGCCUCGUUCUAACCUUCCUGAUCUCUUCUGGACUGGUCACUAUUCUUUGGUGUAAAAUCGGUCAGAUAACCCAUUUAAUCCUCAACAUUCAGUCUUUACAGAUUAAUGGUCAACGGAAAAGGACCAGUCCAUGUGAUGAUGGUUAUAUUUACAUUCCUAUGGUUUUUGUGGUCAUGUUAUACUUUGCCUAUUUGAUUGAAUGUUGGCAUUCAUCAACUCGAUCACAAUUAGUCUACAGUGUGGAUGCCAAAACGGUGGACAAUUAUAUCCAGCAAAUGAAAGAAUCCCAACCAAUCAUAUGGUGGAAGGCAGUUUGUUACCAUUACAUAAGAAGGUCGCGAACAUUAACUCGUUAUCGUAAUGGUGAAGCUUCAACAACAACCCAAAUCUAUUACGAACGGAUUAAUACUCACAUUGCUGGAAGUUGUUUCUCUUAUGUUGAAUGUGGUUACAAAGAUGUUUCCAAAAUUCUGAUUGAUUUAGAUAAACAUCCAUCGACAAGAAUUAAAUUUACCAAAGGAUUUGCCUUUGCUACCAUUGAAGCUGCCAAUGAAUUUGAAUCUCAACGGAAUCGAUUUUUCCAUGAAUGUGAAAGACAUGAUGAUUAUCUUGAAAUGAGGGAAGGUCUCGACUUAAUUGGAACGAGUUUUCAAGAAUACAUGAUCUCCUCUGCUGAUCAAUCGCUUGUGCCUUGGUAUUUUUCUCACUUAGCGUUCUGGUUAUUCUCAUUCGCUCUCCUUUCUUGGCCAAUUCGAAUCGCAAUUGAACUUAAAACAUCUCAUGUUAACUAUCAGGUUACCAAAUUAUUUGGUGUAAAUCAAUUAAAUUCACAAUCAGGUUACAAUCGUAUUGGUAAUUUGGGAAGUAUUGAUUCAUUCGAGUUGGUCAACAAUUGUACACUUGCACCAAGCUAUUCGGAAGCAUUACUAAUUUGUAAUGUAAACAAUAACAAUACCACCAAUAUAAACAAUCAACCAGGUAAUUUAGUUGCAACUACAACCAAUCAAACAACAACAGGAACAACAAUUGAAGAUCAACCAAAGGUCUCUGGUGAUACAACGUCCAUACAAAUGUCACAAUCAAAUAACAUUAUUGUUCAAUCAUGUAGUCGUACCUCCUUAAUUAAUGGUCAAUUUGUUUACCUGCCUCGUCCAUUGGGCCAUGGACAAGCUAAUAUUGUCCAUUUAGAUGACCCAUCGUCAGCAAAUUGUUUAAUAUCAACCUCAUCAAGCUUAUAUUGUGAGACAAGUUCCAAUGAUAGCAAUAAUAAUCAUGAUAAUCAUGAUAAUGAUAAUACUCAUUCUUAUAAUUAUCUCAUCAAUCCGCCCACUUAUCAAGAAGCAAUUACUGAAUGUCGACCAUUAUUAUUAACAACCACAAUUAGGCCAUUACAUCGUUCAAUUACUGUUGAUCGUGAUUUCUUUCAUCGUCUAAGUAAUCAGAUUAGACAACCUUGUCGUAGUUUAACCAAUUUCAUUGGGUUUAUUAACAAUAAUAACAACAAUCAACGAUCAACAAUUUCGGUUAAUAACUUGACACUUAAUGAACAAGUUACUCUUGUUGACUUAUAAUGAAGAGACUCACAAAUGAUUAUCAUCAUUAAUUGAUUAUUAUUAUUCUUGAACAAUCAACUUUAAUUACGGACACACAUUCACACCCUGUGAUUGCCAAUAUAACAAAAACACAAUUAAAUGUGAUCUUUUCUUUGAUUAACUUAUUAUUAACUUGAUUAAGAAUCAAAACUUGUCUAAUUGUUAAUGAGAAAGAAAAAUCAAUCGCUACAAUAAUUAAGCUGAUAAAUUUUAUUAUUAUUUAAAUGAAUUUCCAUUUUGUGAUUAAAACAAUUUAAUAAUUUAAAUUCUAUUUAAUUAAAUUGUUCAAUUAAAAUGAAGAAAAAAUUAUUUUCACUCUUCCAACAAUCAACCAAACAAUUUAUUCCCAUUACUUUGUUAAUAAAAUUCGUUAGCAACAAUUUGAAAAUUGUUUCUUCUUCUCAUUUACGUAAUCAUUUCCUUAAUUAGAAUAAUCAAAUUAACUAAUCACUUAUCUGAUGGAAACAUUUGAUUUGAUUAAAGAAGAAAAGAAUUAAAAAAAAAAUU